UGGUAUAUUUUGCUAAUGCACGAUAUGUAAACUGAGAUAUAAAUGGGAUUAAUGCGGAAGUUAACGGUCAAAUGCCUCAAUGAACGGAAUAAACAUUAAAGAAUCUGAAGGAAAUAUUUAAAAUCGCACUUACUCAAGUAAAACUAGAUCCUCAAGAGUUGUAUCUUUUGCUUGAAAUACAUAUAUUUCUUUCAAACAAAUCGAUGCGAAUAGUCAAACAACAGUGAAGAUUAAACGCAAUAACCGUAACUAACCUGCUCGGUCUUGGAUUCGAUUCCAAACGAAAUUGUUGCGAUUUAAAGACUUUACCAAAAAUAAUAACAUUUCUGAUGAUCUAGGAAACUAACUGAUCAUAUUACGAUUAUCAGCAAAUAAAGAUGUGGACUACUUGGAGGACAGGAAAUUACAUAGUGCUAUUACUCGUGUUGAUUAAAGAGAGUAAGCAGAAUUAUAUGGAUGCGACUCGCUUGAUGAAGAAGCUGUUCGGUGAGGGGACUUACGAUAAAAGAGUUAUUCCCGCAAAUAAAACCACUGGUCAGAUUUCAAUUGCGGCCUCCAUGACGCCCCAGCAAAUUUUGGAUUUAGAUGAGAAGAACCAAAUACUGAGAACCAUCAUAUUUGUUGACUUUAUGUGGCCAGAUGAGCGGCUUGUUUGGGAUCCCAGUGAUUACGGGGGUGUAGACCACGUCCUUGUCCCUAACGAGAUGGUCUGGAAGCCAGAUAUGAUUAUGCGAAACAGCGCUGGCAUGAGGAUGUUCUUUGCGUCUAAGUUUGACGUCAGCGAAGUGAUCGUAUACAGUGAUGGGAAAAUAAACUGGUAUCCUUUACUUCUCUCUGAAACCGCUUGCAAGAUUGAUGUAGAGCUAUACCCAUUCGACUACCAAGAAUGUGAAUUUCUUGUCGCACCUUGGAGCUAUGACGUCACGGUCAUGAACUUUUCGUUUGGUUCAGAGCCACUCUCCACGAAAUAUAUACAGCAGAAUAACGAGUGGCACGUUCUUGGGAGCGAGGUCGUGUUUUAUUUGGAGCAUUUUGACUGCUGUCCAGAGGCGUAUGCUACGAUGAAAUUCAUUUUAAAGUUAUAUAGAAGAGCGUCUUUUUACACCAUAUCACAAAUUAUCCCCUGUAUACUACUGACGAUAUUGACAACAAUGGUGUUUUUGCUGCCCCCAGAAUCUGGCGAAAAGAUAUCAUUGGGUGUAGCUGUGUGGACGUCGCUAGUCGUCUUCCUAUUAAUCUUAGUAGAGCUUAUUCCAAGAAGUGCAACAAAGACACCAAUUUUAGGUAUGUACUUCACGAUAACUCUAGUGUUAGUUACACUUUCAUUGGCACUCUCUGUCAUAACAACCCGAAUCCAUUUUGGAGGUCAUGGAAAAGAUGUUCCCCCAUUCCUUAAAUGGUUUACGUUCACAGUUCUGGCGAGGGCCUUGUGCAUGACAUGCAGUAACAAUAAGAAGAAACACAAACACGGAGGAAUAUACGAGCCUCAACGAGAGUCCUUACUGAACACGGGAUUCGAAUUUUAUGACUUAAUAAGAAGAGCGAAAAUCUGUUCGACUAACAUUAAGCUUACUCCAACCAAUAAACACACGAGCACACCCGGACCAACGCCAAUCAACCGCGUUGAUAAUAUCGAGAGUCUGAGAAUAUUGAAAGACAUACGGAUGUAUUUAGAAAUAUUUUUCGCCCGUGAUAUGGAAGACAAAUCGCAGGCAUCAAUUAAGGAUGAGUGGAGACGGACUGCUAUGGUUUUUGACAGAUUAUGGUUGUUUGUGUAUAUAACAACCAUUAUGAUGUGCGUCAUGAUAAUAAGUCUCACCUAUUUCAGUUGAAGUUUCAUCUUUAUUUUUAUACCAUGUGUUAUAAAAUAUAAGACUUCAUGUGUCAGAGACGCACAAAGUGGCACACCUAGCCUCAAAGAGAUAGUCGACCUGACCGAGAGGCAUGUCUAUCGAAGGACAAUGGUCAUAUUAUAAAAUGUUUAAUCAACUACAGCAUCAUAUUAUAUCACCGACAACACGCCAAAAGUAUCAACACCAUGGUAACAUUUAGUGUACAUGUAUAUGGUAUAUGAAACAAAAUCUACCUUCGAAGUACUAAUCCAUGACAUUGAUGUAUUGAAAAUGUACAAUUUUAACAACAGACGAAAAAUGUUUACUGUCUCAUUUUCCAGCCAAGUAAUUACAAUGUGUUUCAUAUGGUUUUGUAGAAUGAAGUCAUUGUGAAUUACCUAGUGGGGAAUAUCAGUGACCCGUCUCUUCUUAUGCAAACUCAUCCUUGGGCCUUUUCAUUAGCUCAUAUGGGUUGCUAUAAUUACAGUCAUCUGUUUUGGGUCAUUUUGCGCAUUUCGGUUAUAACCCCGGUCAUAACUCAAGAUUAUUCUUGCUUGCUUGAAAUUGGUACAGUUAACAAUGCUGCCUAUUUAUGAAAGACAACAUAAAAUGAUAUAAGAUAAUAAUUAUAGAUAUAAUAACUAUUAAAUUACUAAUUACAAUUAUGUGUUAAACAUAUACAUUUGGCUACAAUCCAGUCAUUCGAUCGUCAGAAACAUACAAUAGCCUUUACAAGCCUAUGUAAAGUGAAAUCACUUACGUUGGAUACGUAAAUUCAGUUUGAAAUUAGUCUAGGUGUUAGAUGUCUCAUAAUCACUUUUCUAAAUAGCAUGAGGGGAGAGC